AUGCCGCGCCAGCAGAUCAACCUCGAGCCCUACCGGGACGAGAUUAUUGCACUCUUCCAACACGGAAUCAGCAGUGACUCGAUCAGCCGCACACUCGAGAGCCGAUACAACAUCCAAGUGAAGGAGCGGACAAUUCAGUCCCGCCUCCGCAAGUGGGGUAUUCGCAAGCGAAGCCGCACCACAACUGCAGAUGAGACCCUACAUGCACGCAUCAAGGUACUCUUCGUGCAGGAUAGGCUGACCGACAAGGCAAUGCUGAAGCUCCUGCGGCAAGACGGCUAUGACAUCUCCGAACGGACCUUGCGUCGAUUACGAUUCCAACUCGGCCUUCAUGCGAGAGCCUCGCUCGAGCAUGAGCGGAGCCCCGUACGCUUGCCGGGGCCGGUCCACGUCCCAGUCCCGGUAGCAGUUCCAGUUAUGGCGAAGGGGGAGUGGGUGCUUGAUCUUGGAUUGCUGGAGCCCCGCAGGUUCGGUGCUCUAUGCGUCUGCUGA